CUCCUUUAGACAUCGUAUACGCUUGCAUUGUUACUUUUAAUUGCUGAUAUGUUAAAAAAAGUUCUUGAAAUUCUUGAUAGUAAAUACAUGUCAAAAGAAUCCGAUUCCUAUAACUUAACGUCUCAUAAGCAUAAUAUCGCACAAGAAACACAAGUAAAUAACACACUUGAUCAUGACAGAUCUAUAACUUUAAGAACAAAUUCUACUAAUACAAUUAAUAAUACAAAUACAUCAUCUACUGAAAAAACAUUAACGCCUACCAAAACAGUGCCAGACAAGCGUUCAACUAUUUCUCCAGAUAUUUACAAACCUAUUAAUGUUUUUCAACCCAUUACUGAACGGCCACCACUUUCGAUAUUUGAGAAUGUAACUCAUCCAUUGCAACCAAAGUCUAUUUUUGACGGAGAUCUCACGAAACCUAUUCAUACAAAUAAAUUCUAUGCUAAUUUUUUUCUUGGUACCCAGGAGUUUCCCACAUAUUUGGAUCCUUAUGUUGUUACAUGGGUUCCUGGAAAUUACAGUGGCAUAACUGUUAGUCAUGUAGAUGAUUACCAAAAAGUAUUUGCAUCUGAUAAUCCUCCUAGUUAUUUUCUUAGUCCUCUUGGUAUUUAUUCAGUAGUUUUCAGUGCUCAAGAAUUGAAUAAUGGGAUUCUAGCACUAAGUUCUCUCGAUCAAAUGUCCGUUAAUGUAACAAUAACACCCAAAAACUCUACAGAAAAAAAAAUGAGUCUUCCUCUUGUUAGAGGAGCAGCUUACAUAACAGCAAUUUAUUCGGAUUUAACGCCUCUUUUUACUUCAGUUGUUGGGUUUAAAAAAAUCGAGAAAGUAGAAAUCAAAAACUAUAAUUAUUUUAAAUUUAUAAUAACUUUAUAUGAUGAAAAACGCUGGCUUUUAUACGCUUUUCCUGAAAAAAAAACAUUAUUUAAUCUUGAAAUACAAAAUAAUAUAUUAAAAGCUACAUGCGGUGCAUUUAAUGGAACCAUACAGGUUACAAAAGUACCUAUUAAUAAUUCCGAUGCAGAGAAUAUUCUUGAUGCAUCAGCUGGUACAUAUGCAAAAAAAAUUACUUUAUCAGCAAUAGUUGAUGGCAAAACUGGUAAUUAUACUUAUACAUUUGAUAUUUUCCAGUAUAAAGGACAUUCGCUACUUCAUUAUGCUAUGCCUCAUCAUAUGUCUUCAUUUGACAAUAUUACAGCAUCUAAAAGAACUAACGUUUCUCUUCCAAGUACAACCAAUGGAUUAAUGGUUGCUUAUGUUGGAGAAUGUUGGAACAUGAUAGAACAUGAUUUGCCAGUUGAUAUUGAUUUUUUUCCAUAUUCACAAGGCAAAGAACCAGAAUAUUCAGAUGAAGCUUUAAAAGCUAUCAAAGAAGCAGCCAUGUAUGAACUUUCUCAAGAUUUUGAUUCACAAAUAGAUAAAAAUACUAUAUAUUUUUCCGGAAAAGUAUUUUCAAAAUUUGCAUUAUUAUGUUUAGUUAUUAACAAUAUUCUUAAAAAUAAAACACUCGCCGAGGAAUGUUUGAAAAAAUUUAAUCAUUCAUAUAUGCCAUUUGUAGAAAAUUUAAAUGAAUAUAAGCUAGUUUAUGAUACAACAUGGAAUGGUAUUGUUACAGAUCAAGGAUUUACAAAAGGACCGCUCGCGGAUUUUGGAGCAUCUUAUUAUAAUGAUCAUCAUUUUCAUUACGGAUAUAUGAUAUUUGCAGCAGCAAUUAUAAGUUAUAUUGAUCCAGCAUGGGCUGAAAAAGUCAAGGAUUGGAUCCUUGAUUUAAUACGAGAUGUUGCAAAUCCAGUUCAUGAUUCUUAUUUUCCUGCUUUUCGCUCCUUUGAUUGGUUUACUGGACAUUCUUGGGCUAAAGGUAUAUUUGAGUCGCCUGACGGAAAAGACGAAGAAUCUUCAUCAGAAGAUUAUAAUUUUUAUUUUGCAAUGAAGCUUUUUGGGAUGACAAUCGGUGAUAAUGCCAUGGUAUCAAGAGCAAAUUUAAUAUUAGCUAUUUUAAAACGAUCACUUCAUUCAUACUUUCUAUAUGAAUCAUCAAAUACAAUAAUGCCUCGAGUGUUUCUUCCUAAUUAUGUUUCAGGAAUUAAGUUUAUGAAUAAAAUACAUCAUACUACAUAUUUUUCACCACGUUUAGAAUGCAUUCAGGGGAUACAUAUGCUUCCAUUAACGGCUAUAAGUGCAUAUAUUCGAACACCAUCAUUCGUUCAAAGUGAAUGGGAUAACAAAUUAGCGUCAAUUAUUAAUACUAUUAACGAUGGUUGGAAAGGAAUUCUUUUCGCAAAUCUGGCUAUUUCAAAACCAAAAGAAUCAUAUGAUUUCUUUUCAAGUUGUUUUGAUAGGAAAUAUCUUGAUAACGGGUCUUCUUUAGCAUGGUAUCUUGUGUAUUCAUCUGCUUUUGCAAAUUCAGCAGAAUCAUAA